UUUAAUGCUUCACACGUGGAGUCGUCAGACCCGUAACGUCACUACCCCUCACAAUGUCUUUUCAUAUUUGAAGUUAGCCGAGAUGUUCUUUGCGUUUCUCAGUUCUUUCACUCUUCCAUCAUCAUUCAGAGCUUGGGGGGCUUAUGUACCAACUUGACUCAAAGUCGAGUUUAACCGAGCUCAUAGCACGGCUUGACCGAGAUCACAGCUUGGGCAAGUUGAUGAUAAUACAUGCCGAGCUGAGUUGACAUAAAAGAUUAUACGUGUUACACUAGGCAUAAAGAAGGGCAAUACAUCUCAAUAUGUUGACGACAUUGAAUACAUCAUUUAUGAUAAUUGGCUCAACUGUCAAGAAGGAAAUAACUGCGUAAGCAGUUAUGCAGUUACUUGAGGAAUAACCACAGAGAAUAGGUAAGGAUAUAAUGAAAAACAUGAGGGAUAUUCAUAUAACUAACUUGAUUGUCGGAGUCCUUUUUGCAGGUACAUCCAAGGUGCAUGAGGAGAAGAUCAACCGAGAAGACUAAUCUUAGAGACCAACUUUAUUCAAUCCCUUACAAGAGCAAGACCGAGAUGAAGAAGAAGGAUGUAAUUCUACCGAGCUAAGAACUAACCUAAGUCUUAAAUUUCGCACAGGUGCGUGCUAUUUAUCUCUUCAAACUUUGUCUAGUUCCUGACCCAGUAUUUCCGAAACAAGUAGCCACCGUUACACUCGUUCAGUCAGUCUCAUAGAGCUAGUAAGAUGAGUCUCCUUCCACUUCAACCUCAAUCCUCUCUUCACAACCAAAACCUCUCUCUCUCCUCUUCCCUCUGCUAUUCCCCCCCGCUCCCCUCCCACCACUCUCUCGCCGCGGCUCGCACGUGCUGCUUCCCUCGUCUCUCGGUCACGUGCUCGAUCUCCAAGAUCCACAGCUACGGCACGGUGGACUACGAGCGCAGGCCCAUCGUGCGCUGGAACGACGUGUACCGCAGGGUGUCGCUCAACAACGACCCCGAUGUGGGCUCCGCCACCGUGCUCAAUCAGUGGGAGAACCAAGGCAGGCACCUCACCAAGUGGGAGCUUUCUAGAGUUGUCAAGGAGUUGAGGAAGUACAGGAAGUAUCAUAGAGCCCUUGAGGUAUAUGAUUGGAUGAACAAUAGACCAGAGCGGUUUAGAGUUUCUGCGAGUGAUGCAGCAAUUCAGUUAGAUCUAAUUGCCAAAGUUCGUGGAGUUUCUAGUGCAGAAGUAUUCUUUCUGAGUCUGGAAGAGAAGUUAAAAGAGAAGAGGACUUAUGGUGCCCUUUUGAAUGUAUACGUGCAUUCUAGAUCGAAGGAAAAGGCAGAAUCUUUACUUGACACAAUGAGGAGUAAAGGGUAUGUAAUACAUCCACUGCCAUUUAAUGUAAUGAUGACUCUGUACAUGAACCUUGAGGAAUAUGAUAAAGUUGAUAUGUUGGUUUCUGAAAUGAUGGAAAAAAACAUAGAGCUAGAUAUCUAUACAUAUAAUAUCUGGUUAUCUUCUUGUGGAUCUCAAGGAUCAAUAGAAAAGAUGGAACAAGUGUUUGAACAGAUGGAAAAGGAUCCUACCAUUGUCCCCAACUGGUCAACAUUCAGCACAAUGGCUUCAAUGUACAUUAGGAUGGAUCAGAAUGAAAAAGCAGUAGAGUGCUUAAGAAAGGUUGAGGGUAUAAUUAAAGGUCGAGAUAGAAUACCUUUUCAUUAUCUCCUGAGUUUAUAUGGACUUGUUGGAGAGAAAGAUGAACUGUAUCGUGUGUGGAAUACUUACAAAUCAAUUUUUCCAAGUAUACCAAACUUGGGAUACCAUGCUAUUAUUUCUCCUCUUGUAAAAUUGGAUGAAAUUGAAGGUGCAGAAAAACUUUAUGAGGAAUGGGUUUCAGUAAAGGCAACAUAUGAUCCUAGAAUCGGAAACCUUCUUCUUGGCUGGUAUGUUAAGAAAGGCAAUACAGAUAAGGCUUUGAGUUUCUUUGAGCAGAUGAAGAAGGAUGGUGGCAUUCCAAAUUCAAAUACAUGGGAGGUUCUUUAUGAGGGCCACAUUGCAGAAAAGAGGAUUUCUGAUGCCCUGUUUUGCUUGAAAGAAGCUUUUAUGGCUGCUGGGGGUUCAAAGAGUUGGAAACCAAAACUCUUAAACUUAUCUGCAUUCCUUGAGCUUUGUCAAGAGCAAGAUGACAUGGAAAGUGCUGAGGUUUUAAUUGGAUUGUUGAGGAAGUCAAAAUUUAGUAAAAUUAAAGUUUAUGCUUCACUCAUUGGCUCAUCUGAUGGUACCAUUGACAAAGGUGAAUUGUCAAGCAAGAUUGAUACAGAAGAUAGAAGUGAUGAUAUCGUUGACAGUGAAAACAUGGAUGAUGGUGACUCUCAAAUGUUGCUCAACCAACUAGAGUAACUUUUGAUUCUUUUUAUCGUAUUUUUUUGAGUAGUGGAAAAUGGGUUGCUAGAACAUACAGGGAAAUUUUUUGUCAAGUAUGAUCUCAUUCAAGUUUCAUGGCUUUUAUGCCUCGUCAUAAUAGUUAGAUAGUGUAACUGCUUUCAGAAUCUUUAUGCUACAAUGUUAUGUAAUGUUUUGCAUUUCAUACGAAUUAAUGUUGAUAUAUGUGAUCUGAGGUCAUCCUUGUGUAAGAUUUUGUGAGUUUUGCCCUUUUAAAUCUGAUUUUAUGUUU